CUCUCUCUCUUUCUGCGUCGGCUUCCAUUGCUAGUGCUCGGCUCCUCCUCCUCCUCUUUACUCAACUGCUCCCACUCCCACUCCCCCCAACCAACUCCACCUCCACGCUCCGCCUCCUCCCCCAUUUGGUGCUGGUGCUGAGGGCGAAGCAAGCAGCGGCGAGACAGGGGAGCCGGGAGCGUGGUCAUGGCGCCGUGAACUCGCGGUCGCGGCGAUCUCUCUCUGUGGGUGGAGGAGAGUGUGUGUGUGCGGGGCAGUGUGCUCGAGCGAGCGGUUCGGAGAUGGGGCAUUGUGGCUGGGGCGGUGGUGGUUGCUUCGUUCUCCGGCUCCUCCUCGCCUUGCAGUGCGGGGCUGUGCUGUUCCAGUGCGGGGUUGCGAGUGACGUCUCGGCGCUCAUCGCGUUCAAGCGCGCAAUCAUCGAGGACCCCAAGUCGGCGCUCGCGGACUGGAGCGAUGCGGACGGGAACGCCUGCGACUGGCACGGGGUGAUCUGCUCCUCGCCGCAGGGCUCCGUGAUCUCCCUGAAGCUGUCAAACUCAUCGCUGAAGGGAUUUAUCGCGCCAGAACUUGGACAACUGAGCUUCUUGCAAGAGUUGUAUUUGGAUCGCAACAUGCUUUUUGGCACAAUCCCAAAACAACUAGGCUCACUGAGGAACCUUAGGGUCUUGGAUUUGGGUGUUAAUAGGCUUACUGGCCCUAUACCUCCUGAACUUGCUGGAUUGAACAGCAUAAGCGUAAUAAACUUCCAUUCCAAUGGGUUGACUGGGAAUAUACCAUCCGAGCUGGGCAAGCUUCAGAAUCUUGUUCAGCUGAGGUUGGACCGGAAUAGACUAAAAGGAUCAAUACCUGGAAGCAAUGGUUCUGGUUUUUCUCCUACGGCCAAUAGUGGAUUCAUGGCUCACAAUGGGCUAUGCCCUUCUCCUCGAUUAAAUGUUGGAGAUUUCUCAUACAACUUUCUUGUUGGAAAAAUCCCACCGUGCUUGAAGUAUCUUCCAAGGUCAAGUUUCCAAGGGAACUGCUUACAGGAUGAGUACUCUAUCCGGCAGAGGGCUUUUCAAAUUUGUAUAAGUGGUUCUGCGGCUGGCCAGCGAGGUGGCGUCAAGGGAUUCAAGCAUCCCACUUCUGACCAUAAACAUGAAAGAUCGCCACAACCAACAUGGCUUCUUGUUUUAGAAAUUUCAACUGGUGUUCUUCUGCUUGUUUUUGUAAUCACUGGUGCAAUUACUGCUUCCAGAAGCUGCAAGCUAAAGCCAUCGAUAAAAAUAUCCUCGUGGAAUAGAUCAAAAAGUUGGAGUGAUGAAAUAACAGUAUUGAUUGAUUCUGAUGUGCUGAAAAGUCUUCCAAAGUUAAGCCGUCAGGAGCUUGAAGUAGCUUGUGAGGAUUUUAGCAACAUUAUUGGUUCAUCUCCUGAGACUGUAGUAUACAAAGGAACCAUGAAGGAUGGACCUGAGGUUUCUGUCAUAUCACUAUGUGCUUUUGAAGGUCAUUGGACUAGCCACCAUGAACUGUUUUACCAAAACAAGGUUAUUGACCUGGCAAGGUUGAAUCAUGAGAACAUAGCGAAAUUUCUUGGCUAUUGCAGAGAAAGUGAUCCAUUUUCCAGGAUGCUAGUAUUUGAAUAUGCAUCCAACGGAACCCUUUUUGAGCACCUACAUUAUGGAGAAGGAGCCCAGUUAUCUUGGCUUAGACGAAUGAAAAUAGCCAUUGGCAUCGCGCAGGGUCUAAGAUAUUUGCAUACUGAGCUGCAGCCUCCAUUUGCUAUCUCUGAGCUCAAUUCCAACUCUGUAUAUGUUACAGAAGAUUUUACUCCUAAGCUGGUUGAUUUUGAAUGCUGGAAAAUGAUGUUCACCAAACAUAAACAUGAGAAGGCUCCUGGUCGCAUCAGCAACAAAUCCUCUUUCCCUGGCAACUUGGAUUCUUCAGAGGACAAACAAGCGGAUAUCCAAGCGAAUACGUUUGCAUUUGGAGUCAUUUUACUGGAGAUCAUCAGCGGACGGCUUCCUUAUUGCAAGGACAAGGGCUAUUUGAUUGACUGGGCCAUCAAGUAUCUGCAGCAGCCAGAGGAGAUCGGUAAGCUUGUCGAUCCUGAGCUGACCAAUGUCAGAACAGAGGACCUCGCGGUGAUCUGCAGCGUGGUAAGUCGCUGCAUCGACCCUGACCCAUCCAAGAGACCGUCGAUGCAGAUCAUCACAGGAGUGCUGGAGAAUGGGAUCGACCUGUCGGCGGCCGCCAUCCUGAAGGAAUCCUCACUAGCAUGGGCCGAGCUCGCCCUGGCGUUGUAGCAUACCGUUCUUACCACUGUAAAUUCGUCGUCACAUCGCACACACUAAUAUUGAUCUGAUCAUGGCCAUCGCAUGCUCGGAAUAUACAGAAAGCUGAGACGCACGAGCAGGCAGGCACCAGCUCAGUUUGGCCGUGAUACUGUACUGACUGUUUUGACGCUCAUAAUGCUGUACGGUUUACAGUUGUUUGCCGGCGUCGCGCUGCAGGUGUCUCU